GCCAAGGCCAUCAAUAUCAUCUAUUGUGCCGUAAACCCGGAUGACUACCGGAAGAUAUCUUGUUGCACCACCGCAAAGGAAAUGUGGGAUAAACUAGAAAUCACCUACGAAGGUACGGAUCAAGUCCGAGAAGCUAAAAUUGAUUUUCUAACCCAUGAAUAUGAAUUGUUUCGUAUGAAGGAGAAUGAGAAAAUCGAUGAGAUGUUUGAACGAUUCUCCAAAAUCGUCAACGAUCUCCAUGCUCUCAAGAAGACGUACACGGACAAGGAGCUUGUGAGAAAAAUCCUGCGAAGUCUCACACCGGAGUGGCGGUCCAAAGCCGAUGCCAUCCAAGAGUCCAUUGGUGUCACCAACGUCACCAUUGACGGGCUUAGAGGUAACCUCAAAACCUAUGAGUCUACCAUUUUGUUCCCCUCUUUAGGUGAACAAAAGAAGAAGGGAAUUGCACUCAAGGCUUCCUCAAGCCAAGAACCCGCUAUGGUGGAAUCAAGCGAUGAAGACAACGAAUUCGGACUUGUCAUCAAGAAAUUCCAUAAGUUCAUGCGCAAGGAGUAUGAACGAAAGGGUAAAAAGCAUGGAGGACCACCCAAGUGCUAUGGAUGUGGAGAAGUUGGGCAUAUCAAGCCAAAAUGCCCAAAUGCUAAAAACGAGAAGGAGAAGAAACCGUUCAAGAAGCACCGAGCUUACAUCUCCUGGGGAGGUGAUUCCGGCGACGAAUCAUCAGAAGGGAGGUUGUUCCCUUGUUGUAAACUCGAAGGAAGUUCCUUGUUCCUUCGUGAGAAGUCUUGGAGUGCGGUAUCUCCGAGCAAAGGUGUUGAGGCUCGUGUGACUCGGGUUCUCAAGUUGUAUCGCGGCGAGUCUCUCGUGACUCACUCCCUGCUGCGGCUCUCCCGAUUCAAGCGCGAUAGCUCUCAGUGGAUCGACGGGGAUGGUGGUGCUCCGGUGGCAGCGGCCCUCACUCCGGCUCCUGCUGCUGCACACAGUUCUUCUCAAAAGAACCCAGAAAGAAGAAAUGCCACGGAGCACAGCUGGGCUUGGAUGGCCAAGUCGGCGGUGCCAGGUAGGAAGGUCGACUGUUGUGAGGCCGAUGGGUUGACGCUGAUUCGGGCCACGUCCACGUCCACGCCCGCGUCCACGCUGUCUGCCGUUGCUGCCUCUGUUCUGACCGCCGUAGGAGCCCCGUCCAGAGCCGCCGCUGGACUGCCGCCGCUGGCCUUCGCCGGCUGUGUGGUUGCCGCUGCCACUGCCGGUGCUAAGGAGGGCAGUGUGCGGCCCAGAGUUGGAGAGGGCGUCGGUUUGCUGCUGUUCCACCAGGAGGAGGGCCGAACGAACUUCCAGGAACGUCGGGAAAGGAUUUUGAUACUGCAGGAAGUGCACUUGGCCCCGAAUGUCUUGGGGCAAGCCUUGAAGGACCUGGAGAACGAGAGCAUGUUCGGUUACCGGAGCAUCCACAUCGUCAAGGUAGUCCGCCAAAUUUUUGAGGAGAUGACAAUAGUCGUUGAUGGACCGAUUUCCCUUGACAGUUGUUUGGAAACGGUGCUCCAACUGCAUUGCACGAGCAUGUUUGUUGUCAUGGAAGAGUUUGUGAAUCAACGUCCAAAGGGCAUGAGCGGAUGGACUGUUGGCGAGGACGAGAUCUGAAACUUCAUCGGAGACAGUGGAUAGGAUCCACCCUUGAAGAAGAGCAUCAAAUUGAAACCAUUUUGUGUCGUCGGAGGAUUUGGCUUUGGUGGUGCCUUCGAGAAAACCCAUGAGAUUGAAGCGGAGGACGAGGAGACGGAAGAGACGACUCCACUUCUUAUAGUUGGG